ACAAAAAUAACCUUUCUUGAAGAUCUAAAAAAAUCAAUUACUCGUAACCUUGUUGUCUCUUCUCAAAUUCUCAAUGCUCAGUUGUUCGUUCUGAGCUCUUCCUCUUUCUCCGUUUCCCGCUUUCUUCUGGUUUUCCGGUUUUCCGGUUUUCCCUCUUCUCUACUACUCUACUUGCUUUCCAUUUUCAAAGCACUCGAUUUUCUAAUCAAUUUCUUUCAUCUUUGAUUUCUAAUUUCUCCAAUCGCCUUUUAAUCUUUCGCUCCUCCAUUGAAGCCAUCUUCUAGUCUUAAUCUGAAAUGGGUAGUGACGCAAAUUUAAAAUCAUGGGUUUCGGACAAAUUAAUGACAUUUCUUGGCUACUCUCAGCCUACUGUCGUGCAGUAUAUAAUCGGUUUAUCAAAACAGGCUUCUUCUCCUGGGGAUGUUGUUGGUAAGCUUGUGGAAUUCGGGUUAUCAUCGUCAAGUGAAAUCCGAGCUUUCGCUGAAGAGAUAUAUGCUCGUGUUCCCCGUAAAACUUCUGGUGUUAAUCUUUAUCAGAAGCAAGAGAGGGAGGCGGCAAUGUUGGUUAGGAAACAGAAGACUUAUGAGCUUCUAGAUGCAGAUGACGACGAUGAUCGUAUGCCUGUUUCCAAUGCUGAGCCAAUGAAGAAAGAAUCACACAAGAAGCGGUUCAGGAAGAAAACUGACAAUCCUGAGGAUGAAGAUGAUGAGGUGACGGUAAGCAGAGAACAAAAAAGACAGGUCAAGAGAAAAUAUUCUGAUGAUGAUGAUUCUGAGUCAGAAGAAGAAAGAAUACGUGACCAAAAAGAGAAGGAAGAAUUGGAAAGACAUAUGAAAGAAAAAGAUGCUGCUCGAACUAGGAAGCUAACAGAGACGAAGUUGACGAAGAAGGAGGAAGAAGAGGCAAUUCGGAGAUCUAAUGCUUUGGAGCAGGAUGAUAUAGAUGCACUUAGAAAGGUUUCAAGGCAAGAAUACUUGAAGAAAAGGGAGGAAAAGAAAUUAGAGGAGCUCAGAGAUGAGAUCGAAGAUGAACAGUAUCUAUUUGAUGGUGUUAAGCUUACUGAAGCAGAGCAACGCGAAUUAAGGUACAAAAAGGAAAUAUAUGAGCUUGUCUCCAAAAGGAGAGGAGAAGAUGCUAGUGAGAUAAACGAGUAUAGAAUGCCAGAUGCAUAUGAUGAUGUUGACGGUGGAGUGAACCAAGAGAAAAGAUUUUCUGUAGCUUUAAAUCGUUACAGGGAUGGUGGUGAAUCUGGGGGUAAGAUGAACCCAUUUGCUGAACAAGAAGCUUGGGAGGAUCACCAGAUUGGAAAAGCAACCCUCAAAUUUGGUUCCAAAGAUAAAAGGCAGAAUGCUGAAAGCUAUGAAUAUGUCUUUGAAGAUCAAAUCGACUUCAUAAAGGCCUCUGUAAUGGAUGGGGACAAGUUUGAAAGUGAGAUGCUUACUGAGUCACAGGAAGAGUCCAAAGCAAAGACCGCUUUGGAGAAGCUUCAGGAGGACCGGAAAACCUUGCCAGUCUAUCCAUAUCGUGAACAGUUACUUGAUGCUGUCCGAGAUCAUCAGGUCCUUAUAAUUGUUGGAGAGACUGGUUCUGGAAAGACUACUCAGAUACCCCAGUACCUCCAUGAAGGUGGAUAUACAAAAGUUGGAAUGAUUGGAUGUACUCAGCCAAGGAGAGUUGCUGCCAUGAGUGUUGCUGCUCGUGUUUCCCAAGAAAUGGGUGUGAAACUUGGGCAUGAGGUGGGUUAUUCCAUACGGUUUGAAGAUUGCACAUCUGAGAAGACAAUUCUUAAGUAUAUGACAGAUGGUAUGCUUCUUCGCGAAUUUCUUGGUGAGCCUGACCUUGCUAGCUACAGUGUUAUCAUGGUGGAUGAGGCACAUGAGAGGACACUUUCUACGGACAUAUUAUUCGGAUUGGUCAAGGAUGUUGCUCGCUUUCGGCCAGAUUUGAAGUUACUCAUCUCAAGUGCAACUCUUGAUGCCGAGAAGUUUAGUGACUAUUUUGAUUCUGCUCCAAUUUUCAAAAUUCCAGGGAGGCGUUACCCUGUCGAAAUACACUAUACAAAGGCACCCGAAGCUGAUUAUUUGGAUGCAGCCAUUGUUACUGCGUUGCAGAUACAUGUCACAGAAUCACCUGGGGAUAUUCUUAUAUUUUUGACUGGACAAGAAGAAAUUGAAGCAGCAGAGGAAAUACUGAAGCAUAGGACUAGGGGCCUUGGCACAAAGAUUUCUGAACUUAUUAUAUGCCCCAUUUAUGCCAACCUUCCAACAGAUCUGCAGGCAAAGAUAUUUGAACCAACUCCUGAAGGGGCACGUAAGGUUGUGUUGGCCACAAAUAUUGCUGAGACUUCUCUGACAAUUGAUGGGAUUAAAUAUGUUAUAGAUCCAGGUUUCGUCAAGAUGAAGUCGUAUAAUCCACGAACAGGGAUGGAGUCAUUGCUGGUGACACCCAUCUCCAAGGCAUCAGCAAAUCAACGUGCAGGUCGAUCUGGACGAACAGGGCCGGGAAAGUGCUAUAGAUUAUACACUGCUUACAAUUACUACCAAGAUUUAGAGGAUAAUACUGUCCCUGAAGUUCAGCGAACAAAUCUUGCAAAUGUUGUGCUUUCCCUUAAAAGUCUUGGAAUUCAUGACUUGUUGAACUUUGAUUUCAUGGACCCACCACCAUCUGAAGCAUUAUUGAAAGCUCUUGAGUUGCUCUAUGCACUUGGUGCCCUAAAUAAGCUAGGUGAGCUGACUAAAGUUGGUAGAAGAAUGGCGGAAUUUCCCCUUGAUCCCAUGUUAUCAAAGAUGAUUGUUGCUUCUGAGAAGCAUAAAUGUUCAGAGGAGAUCAUUACCAUUGCAGCAAUGCUUUCUAUUGGGAACUCGAUAUUUUACCGCCCCAAGGACAAACAAGUCCAUGCAGACACUGCAAGGAUGAGAUUCCACGAGGGGAAUGUUGGAGACCAUAUUGCACUUCUCAAGAUCUACAAUGACUGGAAAGCAUGCGAUUAUGGAAGCAUGUGGUGCUUUGAGAAUUAUGUUCAGGUCAGGAGUAUGAAAAGAGCAAGGGAUAUUAGAGAUCAACUUGAGGGACUUCUGGAAAGGGUUGAAAUUGAAGCCACGACGAGUCUAAAUGAUUUGGAAGCUAUAAAAAAGUCAAUCACUGCAGGUUUCUUUCCUCAUACGGGAAGGUUACAGAAAAAUGGAUCUUAUAGGACAAUCAAGCAUCCUCAAACUGUGUACCUUCAUCCCAGUUCUGGUUUAGCACAGAUGGAGCCACAACCAAGAUGGGUAGUAUACCACGAACUGGUUCUGACAACGAAGGAAUAUAUGAGACAGGUAACUGAGCUAAAACUGGAUUGGCUGAUUGAGAUCGCUCCUCAUUAUUACCAGAUGAAGGAUGUCGAAGAUGCUAGCACAAAGAAAAUGCCAAAGGGUAAGGGUCAUUCGGCUGCUACUCAGGGGAAGUCUUGAAGAGAUAGUAAAGUUUAGUGUAUUUUUGCCAGAAGAAUUAACUGGGUUCGUUUGGUCCCUUUUCUUAGUUAGAAAUCCUAUGUUUCAUAUCCGAUUCUUUACAGCGUAGACUUGUACGGUAAAAAUGUAUAUAUAACCUCCACAAUUCCGCAGACUUGUGUUGUUGAGGUCAAGCCCAAUUUUGUAAUUUUCUUCAACAUCACUUAUUUUCACCUUUUAUAAAUUAUUUAGAUUAGUGUAAUCAUAAAUGAGCAGUAACAUACUUACAUACGUAGGUGUAAACCCUUUAGCGACAAUUCUAAUCGUUGUAAUCAAUAUUGAUUUUAAGGAGUUUCAGAACUUGUA